AUGCUGGAACAGGAAGGCUUGUCUGAAAUCUCUCACAGUACCACCAGUGAACAGAUUGCUUAUUUACUGGUGGAAAGGACAGUGCUGCUGGAGAAACUGGAGAUUGCUGGUCAGAAGUUGAGUUCAGACAGCUACAUGGACAUGUGCACAGCACAGCCUCAGGAUGAGUUUGAUCCUGUUCAUCAGACAUUAGAAGACAAAAUCCAACAGCAGCACAAAGCCACACAGCUUCCUGGAGAGGCAGUGAGUGAGGUAACACAUUUGCCUUCCUACAGGGAAGAGCUGGAGAGGGAGCAAGCAGCACGUGCAAGAGCUGAACGAGACCUGGAUGAGGCCACCCAGAAGCUGCUGGUGGCUCAGGAAGAGAUCCAGAGGUUGACAGAUGAGCUGGACACACAAAGAAAGGAGCAGAGCAAAGUUGAAUCAGCCUCCUGGUCAGCCCUGCAAGCUCCUGAGAGCUGUGGAGAAGAGGUGGAUGAAUGGAGGGGGUGUGCUGGGACUGAGCUACAGAAGGCCAUGGAGCACAACAACAGGCUGGACAAGGAGAUCCUGGCACUGCGAGCACGGGUCCAAACCCUUGACUUGGAAAGAAAAGCAUUCCUUGAUCUGGUUGAACAGCUCAAAGAAGAGAUCUGUGAGUAUCAGAGGAGUGAGAAGCAAGGGCUGCCCCUGCCUGUGCCAGCUGAGGCUGAAGAAGUCACAGUGUCCUCCCUGCAGGACACAAAGGGUGAAGGGGGGACUGAAGGAGACUGUGUUUCAGGCAAAGCUGGCCUAGAGCAGCAUGACAGAUGUCAGGGUAGUGAAACACUUCAUAAAAGGUGCCCAGGGGUGAUUGAGAACAUCGAGGGCAGGAAUUCACAGCUCCUCCACCAGCUGCAGAAGCUGGAGAGGGAGCACGAGGCUGUGGCUGAGCACAGUGAAGAGCUGGAGUCCAUCCUGGGGGAGACACAGACCCCAACCAAGCAGGAGAAGGAGCAGUUUGAGAGCAAGGUGGAGGGACUUCAGCAGAAGAUCACCAGUUUAGAAAUGGGGCUGCUUGAUGUGCAGAAGAGCAAAGCUGAGCUGAGUGGGGAAGAGCAGGUGGCUGGAGCACAGGAGAUGCAAGAGAUGCUGGAGAGCUGCCAGGAAACGAUAGAGAAGUUGGGAAGUCAGCUGGGAAAGCAGAGAGAGAGGAGGAGGCAGCUGGCAUCUGAGCUGGAGCUGUUACGAGGAGAUCUGGAGCCUGAGAGGAAGGCAUGGGGCAGUGAGGUCUCUGAGCUCCAACAGGAAAGAAAACAGAUUCACAAACUCGAGCAGAGAUGUGGAGAUCUAUGUCCAGAUGAAAAGGCAUGUGAAGAACAGAUGGCUAAAGUGAUAUUUUUGGAAGAACAGAUCAAAAACUUGAGGGAGGAACAAGAAAUGCUCUGCUCUCAAUUAUUAGAAAGCAACAAGAAGAGGGAGGAGCUAGAAAAGCAGCUCAAAGGGAGCAAUGAAGAGAAGCAGUUCUUACUGGCAGAAGUUGCCCAGCUAAGAGAAGAGAUCCUGGCUACCCAGGAGCGGGGCGAGGACGUGCCCGAGGAGGCUGGGAGGAUGAACCCGGGCAUGGCACAGAGAGGGAGCAGGAUUCUCAUCUCACAGAGCUCUGCAGGCACCUUAGAUGGGAGCAUUAAACAGAGUCUGCCUGAGGAGAGAGCCCAGCAGCAGGAGGAGAAGAUGCAGCAGCUGAGGCAGGACCUGCGUCGAGUUCAGAACUUGUGCAGCUCAGCCGAGAGGGAGCUGAGGUACCAAAGGGAGCAGAACCUGGACUUACAAAAGCAAAACCUCCUGCUAAAAAAUGCAAACUUGAUUUGUUCUUCUUUUGAAACUCAGGUCAAAGCUGAGCUGAAGCAAGCCCGGGCAAAGCUCUCGGACACAACUGAAACAUGCUCCUCUCUCUCAGCACAGUGGGAAAAGAGCCAGCAGAAGGUCAAAGAACUUGAACAAGAGCUCUUGAAGUGUUCCCAGGCUGAUAAACUGCAGAGCAGCCUGCAAGAGAAACUUACUCAGGAGAAAUCCAAAGUGUCUGAAGCACACAAAAAGAUUUCAAAGCUCCAGCAAAAGCUGAAAGAUUCACAGCACCAGCUCCUGCUGGCAGAGGCCCAUGUCUCAGACAAGAAACUCCUGGAGGAGGAGUUGAAGGAGGUCAGAGAAAAUGAAGCUCGUGUGCAGCAAGAACUUCAUGAGGAGCAGCUGAAAAGGAAGCUCCUGGAGCAGCAGCUGGAGGAGCUGAGGCAGCAGCUCCAGCACUCCCGGGAGACGGAGGCGGCGCUGGCCAAGAUGCACGUGGAGCUGCAGGCCAGGACCCUGCACGCCCUAGAAGAGGAGAAGAAGACUGACUCCAGCCAGCACCUCCAGUGUCAGAAGGAGAACCAGAAGCUCUCAGAGCAAGUGUCCCUGCUGAAGGAGGAGAACAAAGCCCUUUAUGAGGAAGGAAUCCGGCUCCUGAACCAGAAGGAUCUCUACGUCAGGAAAUACAACGAACUGCAGCUUCGGCACAAGGAGAAGAUCCGGAGGGCCAAGGAGACCUAUAUCCACGAGGUGAAACAGAGGGACAGCAGAAUUAAGAGGCUUGAAAACGAGCUCAGCGAGUCAAAACUCCAGGUGGAAAAGGGGAAGGUGCUGAUCACACAGCUCAGUGCUGAGAAGGAGAAGCUGCUCCAGGAAAGAAGAAGGCUCCUGCAGAAGAUGACUGACCAGGAGGAGACCCCUUGGAGCAGCUGCUCUCCAGCCCUGCAGAGCAGGGUGAAGAUCCUGGACGAGGAGACCACAGGGCUGCAGGAGAACAAGCUCCAGCUCUGCGGGCACGUGCCCACCUCACCACGCCUGCCCAGGAGCACCCGUGCCCCCAGCACCCAGGACUCGAGGAGUGCUAACGUCUCCGAGCGCCCAGCACACAGUAAGGUGUUGCCAUCUCCCCGUGCCAGGGCCUUUUAUGUCAAAUUCUAG